AUGCUGUCUUCACCCCUAUCCGAUGCACCGGCAGACUCUGAAGCAUCUGCCCACUCCAGUCUCGCUGGUACUCCAAGUCCUGCCAUCUUUUGUCACGUCUCGGGUGUAGAGGAUGUAGACGUCAAUCUGUUUUGGCCUGUAACACCUAGAAUUCGGAGGUCUCAGUCACUCUCCAGCCUCUCAACACUUUCGCUGCGCACCGCAGUGUUCUCACCACCACCUCAGCACGAAUGCCGUCCAGGUGUAACUGCACCAUUCUCAUGGUUAAACCAAAUGACAAUUCUGCCGCCUCUUCCUCAGCUGAGUACCCCUGAGCAUUUGCACUCGGAGCUGCCUGAUGAACCGGGCACUGGUACAAGCUUUGUACCAAGCUCACCUAUUCAUGGGGCAACCUGUGAGGAGCGUCGUGAGUCCCGUCAACAAAAGGAAAGAAGGAAGAAGGAGAGAGAGGAGCUAGAGUUCAGAAAAGAGGAAGGGGAGCGGAAGCGGAAAAUGAUAAAGAAGGUUCUACAGACCUUGGACAAAGAGCACUGCACCUUUGGGGACUUCAUACUGCACAUUUCCAACCCGUUCAAUUGGGAAGGUACACGCCGUUACCGUGGGUUCUUCUCUGUCGAAGGUUGUGUAGAGCAAGUCCUCGAUUUCUGGGCCGCUUCCAGCUCUGGUCGCAACACGAUGAAGGCAUGGGCCACAGCCUACACCUCCAAGCUCGUUAGCAAUGAAGGCGACUUGAUUCGACAUGACGGGUUUCUGCGCACCGACAAAGUCAAGAUUGACAAAAACUUUACCUUGGGAUUCAGUUUUAUAUCAGUUCAGGACAAGCUUCAGAUUCUCUGUCUGAUACUCACAGCAAUCCUCGAGGCUGUUUGCACUACGGCACGGCAGAAGAAGACCAUGGUUGAAUCAUCUAGGAAGCAAAAAGAGACUACAAUCAUGACUGCAGCUCUGAUGUGUCUGGGUGAACGUAGCAGGCGCAACGACUAUGUGAAAGCACUCUUGGGCCUAUUUGGGUGUGUCAAAGGUGCCCACCGGCAACUUCUAACUGUACUCUCGCAUUUUGGGCUCUCACUGAGCUAUUCAAGCCUGACUGGCAAGUCGAAGUACCACACGUCCCUAAGUGAUAUACAAGCAUCACUGGAGGCCAUGGAGACAAGUAUGGGUAGUGAUGAACUGGAGGCAACGAGUCAUUCUGGACCUGCAAACACAGAAGCAGCUGGCAAGCGCAUACAGAAGGAGAAGGGCAAGAGCAAGCUGGGAUUGCUGAGGCGUCUCUCAGACGUGUGUCGCAGCGCCACGCGCUCAGAGGCUCUCUUGGACUUGCUCGCGUUCGUCUACAACAAUAUCAACAUGCGCUUUAGGAUUGCCGAGGAAGUCAUGGGACAGAAAGACUCGCAAGAGAAUGGGACAUGUUCGACAGCCUUCCUGCUCUGGAACGCAAAACUCGAGCACCUACAGACUUCUUCUCUCCUGUCUCAUACGCUCUCAGCUCGACCCCUUGCUUUGUCUGACAUUCACCUAACUGCUGAGGAGAACGAAGUUAUCAACUCUCGCUUUGAGCACACAAUUCUGCAUAUUCUGGCUCUUUUUGGAGGUGACUGCUUUGCCAAGUACGCAGAUGAGAUCCCCGUGGCAACUCCUGUGACCGACAGCAAGAUAGAGCGUCACAAGACUCAGAUUUACCCCCUCCCUGCUGUUCCUAUCAACGAGUCUACAACCAGAGGCAACGCCAAAGUGGUAGAAAACAUUUUCUGCGAGGUUGAUAAGCCUGUGGACUCUCCGCAGUCUGGUUCCAUUAUCAGGCUCAUCGCCAGCGAUCAGCUCUCUGUAGCACGUAUACAAUCUAUCAUUGAGACUCGAGCUGGUCAUGACAGCCUAUCAAACUCAAUGCUCUGGGUGAUUUCAGUACCGGGCCUCUUCCACUACAAAAUGGCGCUAAUGCACGGUUUCAUGGAGACCCACUACAGCACACAGAGCAUCAGCGAUCCAGGUUCUCUUGCAUUUCACAACCAUGUUCUGCAAAGGAAGCCAAUAGUCCUUUCAUCCCUUCCUCCCUUCCGGACGUGUCGUGAUCUGGUCUUUGUCUCGCUUUAUGCACGCGUAUUUCACUGCCUUCUGCUUGUCUCCGGCCACUCUGCGCUUGACGACUUUGCUGAGGCCAAUGUACCCUUCACUAAGCUGCAAGGUUAUGCUCAACAGAUCUGGGAGCAAUAUGCAAAUCCUAUGGUGGUCUAUGCUCUACGACAGUCUCGGAAGCACGAGGAGUUACAGAGACCAGCAGCAGAGCCUACCGGUAUCAGUGCGGAUAACGUUCAUCGAUCAACCAAAGGUGACAUGGUCUUCGAGAACGCUGUGCUCUACAUGCGCGAUGCACUCCUGUUGCGCAAGUUUACAGACGCUAUCAAGGCCGGCGACUCUGGGCGAGUAUUCUACCGUGGGAUGGGACGUCCAAAGUAUGCACACGAGAUGAUGCAUCUAGUGCACCAUCUGAUGUCAGUAUGGCCUGAGGAGCUUUGCAAAAUUGUCAUGGAGAACUGGCUUGUUAAUCCAACAGGUAGAGAUAACUCGUGGGUCAAAGUUGACCUAAUGCAGGAGCACUUGAAUUAUUGGAUCAAGGCAAUCUACCGAGCACGAGGUAGCAACGCAUCAUGGCAGUGGCUUGCAAUGAUUGCACCAUGUGUCCACAUCCUUCGCGAGCUUGCAAAGCAGGUGCAUGCAACUUUUGUUUCUCAUCAAGGCAGCAAGCACACGAGCCCCAAUCUUCAGCGCGAUAUCGACCGGCUAAUGGCGUCCCUCGAUCAGCAUGGUGUCUACACUAUUGAUGAGGGCCGCUGUAUCAAUUCAGAAAAUGGCGAAGUUCUGAACGUAGUUGCGGAUGAGAUCAGAGGCCUUCAAGAACCUCUUCAGGAGUACAACAGGCUCUUUCGUGAGCUUCAGUCGAGUAUUCGCUCGAAGCCCUUGGUGGGUGAGCUGUAUAUAUCUGUCCCUGCUGACAGACUCGACCCCGGAACAUCCACUGGGAGUGCGAUGGCAACUACAGCAACUGCCAGCGACUCUCAAGACGCACGUAAUCAAGGUACGGCUGAAGACGCGGAUGCUGAGAUUGAUAACGAAACGCUCGAGGAUGACAAUGACGACAGUCACAGAGAAGACACAGCAGAGGCGUCGGGCUCUGAAGAUGAGUCUGAUGGUGCAGGAGACAAUGUGGCUGGUGAACACGAAGACCAAGAACACUGGUUCAGCCUCAAUAAUGCGGACGACGUGGUGCUCGAUAUGGAUGCCUUCGACGACAACGAUGACGACACUGAUAGCGACAAGGAUGAUGAACAUGAUGGCGACUGA